AAACUUGUCAGGUAUGUUGCUUUGCCUCCCCACUACUCAGGUUAUCGCAAUGACGCCUUGUGGCCAGAUGAUGGCGCUGUAACUCAGCAAUUUUAUGUUUUGGCCCAUAACUCCUUUACCGUGUGGUGUAGAAUCAAAAUGAUUUUUUUCCACAAAUUCUGUGGCUCAUUCUGAAUAAAAUUCAUAUUCUCGAUUUAAAAGUUUCCGUCAUUUAGCAUUUUUGGCAAAACCUACUUUUGCGAAUUAGUCUGGGGCCGUUUGGCCUAUCAUCACGAAAUUAGGCCAGAAAGAAUAUGUGGAUGCUGAACCUCAAUAAUUAUCAAAAAAAUGUUGACAUUUCAAAACAAUAUGACCGGCACUCGUCAAUCAAUUGUCAUGGGCGUGGCCAUGUUUUACUUAAACAGCUGUAAUUCAUGAACGCUAUGUCAUGAAAUUCGGUUCAUUAGUAGGUUACCGCAUAUGAUUCCGAGGAAGCAUACCAAUUAAAAAAAAUAAUCGAAAUACCUACAACUUUUCAACCAUUUGACCAAUCAGGCUAAAAUUUUGCAUGCUGCAUCUCUUUGAAAGCCCCCACCAGUCACUCUAAUGACCCAAAGAUAACUUAAAAAACAUGGAUGCCAUCAGCUAAUCAGCCAUCAGCAGCCAUGUGACAAGCUUAGCAAUGGCCGAUUAUCAUGAAUUUUGACAGAUGUGUCUGCAGCAGUGGACCUUCUGCAACGUGGCCCGGUCGGAGAGCGGGAAAGGAAGCUGGAGGAGCUACUUCCUGCGCCGUGCGCGGCUCGAGCGCAGAAUGGAGACGGGGCGGUCGGGCGCGGACUACACCUGCAGGAGCCUGAGAGGGCACACGGGGAGUGUAGUUGGUUUGGUGUACCUGGCUGGAAGUGAUGCUGACAUUUCAAGCUCCGCGUCAGUGGUGUGCAGUGCAUCCACAGAUGGGACGGUACGGGCAUGGGACGUCCAGCAGGGGACGCAGCUGUGGGCCACGCCUGCUCAGAGUGCUCUGUGUGACAUCACCGUGGAUACCAAGCUGGGGACCCUGUUCACCUCAGACACCGCGGGGAAGAUUUCGGCCUGGGAGGGGCUCUCUGGGAGGGAGGUGGCCUCCUUCUCCACCUCCUCCUCCGGAUGCAAGCUGCUUGCUUACAGCGUGGAGAACCAGUCCGUCCUCAUGGCUGGGACUGGUGGUGGUGCCCUCCACACCCUGACAAGCCCUUCCCUUACACAAUUGUCACGUCACAUGUUAUUCGAUACCUUCAAAAUCAACCAACUAAUUUCGUCUCCUGACAGAAAAUGGCUUUUUGUAGGGGCACAGGAGUGCAUCGACACAAGUCCAAAGGUUUUCUUCAGUGAAAGUCUGAGCUGUCCCUCUGAGGACGAGCCCCCACUGCGCCAGUCCUUGCCUGUGUCAGACUGCUGUGCGGCUGCUUUUCUACCGGCGGACCCAGCCAGAUUGGUUCUGAUCCACAAUACUGAAAACCGUGGAUACAGUACCCUCUCCGUCUUCAACAUCUCCAUGAAAAAAUCCAAAUAUCAAGUGGACAUUUUAGUUCAGCAAGUCGAGACGUUUCAGUUGGAAUUCGGGGGAAGGCGUCCAGACGUCCUCCUCCAAACCCAAGGGAGUGACACUCUUGUGGUUGCCGUGGGGAACAGACUGAGAGUUUACACACUGAAAGGCGUUGUGCUCGCUAGCUUUGAGGACCACACGCAGCCCAUCGCAGCGCUUUGUGUGGACAGCUUCCGGGUCGUUACGGCGUCACGUGACCUCUCCCUCAGAGUGCUAACAUGGAAGAAGGAGAAAGACAAAGGGAGAACCCUGCAGAGCAGAUUCCACCUGCUGGGAGGGUCUCACACCAUGUCGAGAGGAUUCACAAAAGUGGCUUGUGAUUAUGUGAGCAUCGUGGCUUCAGUGCAGUCUGUGAAUGGAAAGGAUGUCCUGAAGGCGUACUCCUUCAACUCCUGAGGUCAUCACCGCCUGAACCCGUCCCCACAUAUUUAAGGAUGCAAGAAAGGGCAGCUCUGACUUAAAACUUUUGUUGCACUUGAUGGAAAAAAUAAUCCUCAAAAAAUGCAGUAGUUUCAUCAACCUACGGUAAUGCAGUUCAGUCCAAAUAAAAUUAAUCCUAUAUUCCUGUGGCCACAAGUUAGCAUCUAUGUGAAAAACUUUAAAAGAAAUGACUAAUACAGAAACACAUCCCUGACUGCAGUAACCUCACUGAAUGAAAGUGUAACUGAUUUGUCUUUUCUAAAUAUCUGCUAUGCAAAUAUAAUGUGUGUGGAGGUACUUGGCUGCAGGUGAGACUGAAGUCAUUUUGCCUUCAGUGUAUUUCUGUUCAAGCCAAAUCUGGUGCAAAGACUUUAUCAAAUGGGAAGCAAGCUAUAAUACAGCAGACAAGAGUCUGUUGCAAACCCAUGGCAGUCGGAAAGGCAUGUAAACACACAAACACAAAUUAGAUACACAAGUCAUACGCACAUACGUAUAUUACGUGAUCCGUUCAUGUAAGCGUACAUACGACUAAACUGGGCUACAGCCAUGUCUAUACAUUCCAACCGAUCCUGGUUUUGCUAGUGCAGUCAGCAAGCAUUCAAUCCAGCCAAUUCAGAACACAUAAGGCAUGUUCUCCCAAGAAAGUUCAACGGCAUAUAUACGGUACACAUUCAACUCACAGAUCAGAAAAAGUGUGUUAGAACUUUGGAGCAUAGUAUUGGUCCAGGCAAGUUGUUUAACCCACACUAGCUUGUUAUUUCACCAUCUAAAAUGAGCCAUGGUUUAAAAGCAGAUGGCUUAAAGCAGUAAGCAGUAGUUUAAGAUGCACUGUGUUGAGUUUGGUUCUGAAUGGUGUCAGGGUAUCUGACCAAAAGCAUAUUCCACACCCAGAAUCAAGCUUGGACCUUUUAUUUGGAUGUGUUCUUGUUUAUGAACUAAUAAUGAGGGUGCACAGCUGGCCAAUAAACAGCUGAGCAAUGACUGUUGCUUUCCUAAAAUGGUGGAUUAUCUGUAAUUCCUAAACGGAUCACUUGAUGUGGAUGCAAAUACCCUCACAUUAAAACCGAUAUUCUCCACUUUA